AUGAUACCUGUCCUUAAUGAGGACGAUGAGCUGGUGUUUGAAUCAUGGCCAUUUAUUCUUCCACAUGACAUGGAGCUGGGCUCAGUCCGAUGUCUCUGUGAGCAUGGCUACCGUGACCUUUUUGGUCACUGUGGUGAUGAGAACUGGCAAGUAUACCAGGAUGGCUUUGGCGUUGAACGGCCGGAAGGUGACUCCUUCCCGCUUGCCUUCUUUGGGGAUGAAGUUGAAGUAUUUGACAAACAGCAAUAUAUGUGCAUCAACUUCAGCUCCGAAAGCAACCCGCUGUACAAGAACUCUUUUGUCUCCAGGGGAGAUUGGAAGUGGCUUGUUCAAGCGCUGCAGCUCAAAUAUGGACCUAGUUCAAAUGAAAUCUGUGCUGUGUGCAAGGCAACUCGUGGCUUGCAGGUGCCUCUGACAGACUUGAGCGAUUCAGCGGGGUGGAGGUCUCAACUCCGUGAUGGUGAGGUUGAUGCAAGGAUGAAGAAUGCAAGCAUGCAAAUCAAACAGUGGGGGAGGUUGAACUCAAAAUAUCGCUUGCCGUUUCGCUGGAACCUCAACAAACACAACUUGUCUUUGAAGACUAACAAGUUUGUCCACUAUGUUGGGAAAGCGUGGCACCUUUUUGUACUCCUUGGUUUUCUGAAUGACUUCCUGGAUAGUACUGCGGUGGAAGUUGAUGGAGACAUCAAGAUGGCAGUGUGGUCUGCCCUGCGUUUCACCCGCUUGCUCCAAAAUGAGCGGGAUGAGUCAGGGGUUUUCUUGAAGGAGGAUGUGGCCAAGGAAGUGGAGGUGGUUGCAUACAGGUAUAUGCAGCUUCAUUUGGUAUUGAACCGGAAGUAUGAAAGGAUGACUGUGUAUCGGCUGUUCAAUGUCAGACCGAAGAUGCACUUGCUGUGUCAUAUUGUUGACUCCUGUCGUCAAACAUUGAAAAACCCAGCAAGUGCCUCGUGUUGGCUGGAGGAGAACUGGGUAGGCCAGAUUGCCAGGCUAGCAAGGAAGACGCAUGUGCGCACUUCCCACUAUUCCACCUUGAUGCGAUAUGCUGCAGGACUGCUUGCUAUGUUCUCUUGUUGCCUGGAGCAAAGUCAUGUAUGUUCUAGGACUGAAGUUUGCCAUCAAGCAAGAAUGGGACAAGUACAAGGCUCCCUAUGA